UCAAUCGAAAACAUGGAGGGAGGCUUAUAUAAAUAGGAGUUAUCGGCAGUCUUAACGUUCAUUCUACUACUCAAACCAUGCCUAAGAGGCGAGUAGCCUACAUCUAAAUUAUAUGCGAAAUUGUUAUAUUGCGUUUGAGGCGUAGGAGAUCGUUAAGAAAUGAGGGAUACAGUAGGAAUACUCGUUGUUCUAACGUUCCUGUUGAGAGUGAAGGGGGAAGCUCCCCGUGUCGGAUACUGCAUCGAGGACCAGUGCUUUGCCGUUUUCCAGGACCAAGCUGACUUUGGAACCGCUCAAAAACAUUGUGAGCAAGAAAAUAACGGAUAUUUAAUGACAGUUCGAUCUUUGAUAUCACAUAGCAUCCUUUUACUAUUACUUGGUAUUCAUACAGGAGAUUAUUGGAUUGGUUUGCAUUUACCGAGCGGGCAAUGCCCCGACCAAGCAUUGUUUUUACGAGGGUACAGGUGGAUAACUGGAGAUAAUGAAACCAAAUUCCAGAACUGGGGGCGCUUUGAUGAUGUCUGCUCUUCGAAAUGUAUUUCGGUAUCAAAAUACGACUUUGCGUGGAAGGAACAACCAUGUGAAAGUAAAGUAGAUGGAUUUAUUUGUGAAUAUAAACUUGACAGUCCCUGCCAACAUGUAAUUGUAAAAGGUGACGAAUCAGUUCUGUACGAGACCCCGUUGAGAUUCAAGGGAGACAACCUACUGACAUUACCCCAGGGAACCAUUGCAACGCUCAAAUCCCUCGGGUCGAAAUAUAUCUGUCUAUCUGAACAGUGGAUACAAGCACCAUGGAGUUGCGAGGUAUUCAAAGGUGGCUGUGUGCAUGACUGUUCCUCAGUUAAUCAACAACCUGUAUGCACCUGCCCACCUGGAAAAACUCUCCAGGACAAUAACGUCACAUGUGAAGAUGCGCAAAAUGACCCCUGCCUUGACUCAGGAUGCGCGCAUCUCUGCCAAAAAAAAGAUGACAUCUACACUUGCAUGUGUCACCAUGGGUAUGCACUGGCAGAAGAUGGGAAGGAGUGCAAAGACAUUGAUGAUUGUAUAGAUGAUAGACAGUGCCGGGGACAGAACUUUAAGUGUGUCAAUACUAUUGGUGGAUUUGAAUGCAGAUGCCAGAAGGGAUAUGUGUUUGAAAAUGACAAAUGUGUCGAUGUAGAUGAAUGCUCCAUGAGUCCAUGUGACCACGACUGCACGAACACAAUAGGCAGUUACAAUUGCUCCUGUUUGGAUGGAUUUAUAAGAAUGACAGAAGACACCAACCGGUGCCAAUUUGUUUGUUUAGCAGCAGAGUGUUCCCCAGAAUGUGACCCAAGUAAAGAAUAUCAAUGCAACUGUCCAAAUGGUUACAUACUCGAUGACAAAAAUGGGUUGUCAAUUUGUGUUGACAUAGAUGAAUGUGAGAUGAGAUACUGCCACCAUAAUUGUACAAAUACGUAUGGAAGUUACCUGUGUUCUUGUGAUGAGGGAUUCGACUUGGUUGGUUCAUAUGGUUGUGUUGAGAGAGAACCGUCAGAGGGUUCAGGUUUUACCACACCAUAUACACCAAUUAUCAAGGAUCCAACUGAGCGCCCUUCCACUGUAAAGGCUGGGGGUCUUCUUGGAAUUAUGGUAUGCAUUGUCGUUGUUAUUUUGGUGAUGGUUGUACUUACUCACCUGAUACUAAAACGUCGAGGUAAUUUAGACAUUGCUUUCGAAAGCCAAGAUUUUGGUAAUUACGGUUUGCAGCAAGUUACAAGGGAUAAGUACAAAACAGUAUCAUUUGACAGACCGUUGAUAUAGGACAAUCAAUAUGUUGUUGGAUAAUUUUGUCAUUUUCAUUGUCAUGACUUGUUUACACGUCUGCAAAGGAAAAUCAGAUGGUUUUUAAUGUUUAAUGUUUUUAUUUCAUACAGUUGUAGUAGGCCUUUCACAAAUGUAAUGGCUCCAUAAGCAUCUCAUCACUGAAAAUUCUAACCAGUCUAAGUGACCAAAGCCAAUAACAAAGUAGACCUAUAACUUGCAAAUGAUUAUUUUUAUUUUAUAUACAGUACCAGUCAAAGGUUUGGACACAUCUACUAAUUCAAGGGU